AUGGGGCCACUGAUUGACGUGGUGAAAGAGGAGGUGCUGGCAGCAGUGAGAGAGGAGCUGGGUGCACAUAAGCAGGAGGUGAAUGAUUUGCGGCAGAUGUUGCCUGUUGUGGAGGAGAAGAAUGAGGCAACUACUGCUGUGGUGGAGGGGAGGGAGAGAGAGGUGACUGCAGUGAAGAAGGAGGUGAAUGUAGUGAAAGGGGAGGUAAUGGCAGUGAAGGGGGAGGUGAUUGAAGUGAAGGGGGAGGUGAAUGCAGUGAAGGGGGAGGUGUCUGCAGUGAAGGGGGAGGUGAUUGCAGUGAAGGGGGAGGUGUCAGCCGUGAAGGGGGAGGUGUCAGCCGUUAAGGGGGAAUUGGCAUCAGUGAAGAGGGUGGUGGCAGCAGCAUUGACGAGUAAGGUGGCGGUGGCAGGGCAGAGUGAACAACUGGUGGAGGAGAGGUGCGUUGUGUAG